UAUUACCACUUGUUGCCUGCAGUUUUCUGUUCAUUGUCUUUGUAACUGUCGAUGGACGUUGGCCACCGUGGUGCUGGUUCUGUUGAGGAUCUUCUGGUGGAUGAAGAGGAAGUCGAUCUUGGAAAAUUGAGGUCCGAAAGUACUCAAGAAACAGAUGCAUUUGAUAGAGAUCACCUCGAUGAUGGAGGUGGAGGUUGUGAAUCAAUCGGCUCAUCUGGGCCUCAACCUGUCUCCAGUAAUUGCUUGGACAAAGCAGCAAAAUUCCCCUGUCCUAGCGACAAGGCAUCCAGUCUAGAUUCAUCAAAUGAUGAUGCUCCAGAGGAAGCAUUGCACUUGCUGUUCUCCGAAGAGCCCCUGCAGGCCGCCGAGUCUAUAAAACUCAUACCUGCCCUGAAAGGUAGCCGAGAGAAAAUGGGUAAGGCGGCACCAAGGCAGCAGCUGAGUGUGACUUGGGCUCCUGAUGUGUAUGACCCUGUUCCCAAUUCUCUCUGCCACACGGUGAAGAGCAGUAAGAAGAAAUCUAGAAGAGAGAAAGAUAGAGAUAACAACCACCACCACAACAAGAAGAAUGGAAAGAAGGGACAGAAGGGUAGUGGUAGUACUUCAUCCUCGCGAGGAGGCAGCAGCAGCAGUAGUAGUAGCAAGGACAAGAAGCAAAUCCGGAGAAAGCCCGACAACAAGUCUUCUUAUAAAACAUUGGAUAUCUGUGAUGACAGAUUUGGCGAUUCUUCAAGUGGGCUUAGCUUUGACGUGGCUAGUGCAGACUACUGCGGCAGCAGCUUCCUUAAGAAAUCUGUAACAGAGUUCCAUUACUCUGUUGCUGAGGCGUUGUGAUCUUAGACCUUGGCUUGGUUUCAUGCGAUAACUAAGCCCGGCCUCCAGCUUGUGUCUUUCCUUUUUCUUCUGUGAAUAAAUAAGUGCUCUUAUGGGAGUGUAGAAGUUUUUAGAACGUCUAAAUCUGUGCUGUGUACUGUACGAUUGUUGUUUGGUAGUUAAUUUGACAAGGAGACCAGCCUGGUUCUGUGUGAUGUGUCUUUGUUCUAAUAUCAUGUACUUCUGACUUAUUAUUUCCAAGGUUUAGUUGCUUCUUGACUUGUGACUUAUGAGGUUGUUCUUCAGU